CUUCAAGUGAAUUCCUUGUCCUCUUGCAACUCUGCGGCCAAGUAAAGAAUGGGAAGUGAACACAGUGGGAGACCUCGGGGUAAAAUCAAAGGAGCUCCAGACUACGACGAUGCAUCAUUCUGGGAUACCAAAUUUGCAACCGGCCAGGACGUCGGUGAAUGGCUGAACUCUGGCCAAGUGCUUCUCAAACCUGUUUUAUCAGCUCUGGAGCAACGACAGCAUGGACACACACCUUCAGUAUUGCAUCUUGGACCAGGAGUCUCAAAGCUGGGCACCAAGCUCUGCGACGCAUUCUCCAGCCGCGGAUGGACAUCAGAUGGUAUCGUGAACAUCGACUUCUCGUCCGAGGCUGUACGCCUGGGCAGAGAAUCCUCAAGAAAACAGGCUUUCACCCAAGCCAUGCACUGGCUACAAGCUGAUCUCUGCUCGUGGGAUGAGCUCAUACAGCUCUCCCGAUUCCCUCCCUUUGAUGUGAUCCUUGAUAAGAGCACCAGUGAUGCCAUUGCGACAUCUGAAUCCCGAAAGUUUACUUCCACGGAGCGGCAGAAUAUGUGUCCUAUAGUACUCCAGAUCGUGGAGAAAUCGGGCGAGAUCACCCUGUCCCCAGUGGAGUUGUUGGCAUUACAUUUGGUUCCAUGGACGCAGCCAGGGACUACUUGGGUUGUGCUUUCAUAUUCCUCUUCGAGGUUUGACAACCUCUCUCACCUUGCAGAUUACUGGAGUAUUCUGUCACGUACGCCGGUGCAGGCGCCAUCGGGCCAGGCCUCUUCGUCCUCUGCACAUGUUCCUCAGGUCUUCCAUUGGAUCUAUGUUCUUCAACGCAAAUAGCCUGUAUUGUAUCCCUUAAGGAUCGUGUUUAUCCAAGGAGACAACUAGAUAUGGAUACUGUGAGCAAAAGCUUGGAGUUACCCGCUUUUCGGGAGAUUGUUAUAGAAGACGACAAACAAAAGUUUAUACAUAAAUACGAAACACCAGGUGCGGCUUGAUAUCUGCCAUUGUUGGAAACAUAGAUCAAUGUGCAGAUAUCUUCCGUUAGAUGAGAAUAAGAUAUCUUCUACUC